AUGUCCUAUCUCAGCAAAGGCAGAAUAAAGGCGAACGAAGUAGAAAAAAUCCCGACAGAUGGCAAAUACGGGCUUCCUUACAAACUCAGCAUCGUCUGUUCUGUCCUAAUGCUCGGGACUCAAGCCGUACCGUUGUUGAUGUGGCAAACGAAAACGGGACCUCACUGCAGGUCACAUGUCUCGAUACUUUCAUCCAGGAUCAUGCAAGUGGUAUCAUGGUCGAUAGCAAUAGUUGUACUGUAUUCAAUUCGAAACAGGAGGAGUAUUAAAUUUCCAUGCAUUUUGAGAUUCUGGUGGAGUUUUACCUUUUUGUUAUCCCUCGCUCGUGCUUUGCUCGAUGCACAUUGGAUCAUGUCGAAGCAUGUUCACCCCAGGUUGCAGGAAUAUUCUGACAUAAUUACCCUUUUAUUUUCCACCUGUUUGCUCGGUCUUUCUAUCGGGGGGAAGACGGGGUUGACUUUCACCAUCCAGAACGAAAUUACCCAACCGCUUCUUAUCGGGAAAACCGAAAAGAGUUCAGAAGUCAAGCGAGACAACGGUCCGUAUGGAAAAGCCACUCUCGUCCAGCUUGUCACCUUUUCCUGGCUUAAUCCGCUGUUCGAAUUCGGAUUCAGAAAGCCUCUCGAUCAGGACGAAGUCCCAGAUGUCGACAUUAAGGACUCGGCUGCUUUCCUAUCUCAAAAAUUCGACGAGUGCCUCAAAUACGUAAAAGAAAUCGACGGGACCGAAAUCCCGUCCAUUUACAAGGCGAUUUACAUUUUUGCUCGGAAAAAGGCUGCCAUUAAUGCCCUUUUUGCCGUCACGAGCGCGGGCACUUCAUACGUGGGCCCGUACCUCAUCAACUACUUUGUAGAGUUUCUGAACGAAAAAAAGUUCCGGAGCUUGAGCAGCGGAUAUUUUCUCGCGCUCGGUUUUCUCGGCGCGAAACUAGUCGAGACCAUCGCGCAGAGGCAGUGGAUCUUCGGGGCUCGCCAGCUCGGGCUCCGACUGAGAGCCGCGCUGAUUUCUCAGAUUUACAAAAAAGGGCUGAUUUUGUCGAGCAAGUCUCGUCAGAGCCGAACGAGUGGAGAAAUCAUGAAUUACAUGAGCGUGGAUGUGCAAAGAAUCACGGAUUUCGUAUGGUACUUAAAUACAGUAUGGAUGCUGCCCGUGCAAAUCUCGUCGGCCGUUUAUGUUCUCCACAUGAAUCUUGGACGGGGAGCUUUCGUGGCACUAGCCGCAACUCUAUUGGUCAUGGCUGGAAAUAUUCCGCUAACGAGAGUUCAAAAGUGGUAUCAGACGAGAAUUAUGGAAGCUAAGGAUAAUCGAAUGAAGUCCACUGCUGAAGUCCUUCGGAAUAUGAAGACGCUCAAGCUGCAGGCAUGGGACACUCAUUACCUCGAGAGGCUAACGAGCUUGAGGAAAACCGAGCAUGGAUGGCUGUGGAAGUCGCUCAGGCUUUCGGCUCUUAGCGCGUUCAUCUUCUGGGGUUCGCCAACCUUUAUCUCUGUAGUCACUUUCGGAGGGUGUUUGUUAAUGGGGAUCCCUUUAACGGCUGGUCGGGUUCUCUCGGCCUUAGCCACUUUCAGAAUGCUUCAAGACCCGAUUUUCAACCUUCCCGAUUUGCUCAACGUGAUUGCCCAGGGGAAGGUCUCGGUGGAUAGGAUCUCGACUUAUCUCCAGGAGGAUGAGAUCAAGCCGGAUGCUGUUGACUUUGUUCGGGAUGGCAGUCAAACUGGUCAAACGGGGUUUGAUGUGGAGAUUGACGGUGGGAAAUUCAGUUGGGACAUGGAUUUCGAGAAUCCGACACUCGACGGGAUUCGGCUGAAGGUGAAAAAAGGGAUGAAAGUGGCGAUUUGUGGAACUGUGGGGUCCGGAAAAUCGAGCCUGCUUUCGUGCGUGCUCGGAGAGAUGAACAGGCUGGCAGGGAAGGUGAGGGUAUGUGGGUCAAAGGCUUAUGUGCCCCAGUCGCCGUGGAUAUUGACUGGGAAUAUUCGGGAAAAUAUUCUUUUCGGGAGGUGUUAUGAGAGUGAUAAGUACGAGAGAACUAUUGAGGCUUGUGCCCUGGUGAAGGAUUUCGAGUUGUUUGGUGCGGGGGAUUUGACGGAGAUUGGGGAGAGGGGGAUAAACAUGAGCGGGGGGCAGAAGCAGAGGAUACAGAUUGCGCGUGCCGUUUAUCAGGAUGCGGAUAUUUAUCUUCUGGACGACCCGUUCAGUGCUGUGGAUGCUCAUACGGGCACACAACUGUUUCAGGAUUGCUUGAUGGGGAUUCUCAAGGACAAGACUAUUCUGUAUGUUACGCAUCAAGUUGAGUUUCUGCCUGCAGCCGAUCUUAUUCUGGUGAUGCAAAACGGGAAAAUCGCACAAGCUGGCACGUUCGAAGAGCUGCUGAAGCAGAACAUCGGGUUCGAGGUCCUGGUCGGGGCCCACAGCCAGGCCUUGGAAUCCGUGCUAACCGCCGAGAGCUCGAGCCGAACCACCUCAGAUCACAACAACAGCAGCACACCAGCCGAGAAGGAGACAACAGACAACGACUCGGACCCCAGCCAAGAAUUUCCCCACACCAAACAAGACUCAGAACACAACUUACGAGUGGAGAUAACCGAGAAAGAAGGGCGGCUAGUCCAGGAUGAGGAGAGAGAAAAAGGCAGCAUUGGGAAAGAAGUCUAUAUGGCGUAUUUGACCACUGUCAAACGGGGUGCAUUAGUCCCGAUCAUCCUUCUCGCACAAUCGUCCUUUCAGGUUUUGCAGAUUGCUAGCAAUUACUGGAUGGCAUGGGCCUGCCCGACUGGGGAUAGCGAGCCGGUGGCUGGGAUGAAUUUUGUACUGUUGGUUUAUACACUUCUUGCAGUUGCUAGUGCCUUUUGCGUGCUGCUUAGGGCUUCAUUGGUGGCUGUAGCGGGUCUUCUCACAGCUGAAAAGCUCUUUAGUAAGAUGCUGAAUAGUGUUCUUCGGGCACCCAUGUCGUUUUUCGACUCCACGCCAGCUGGAAGGAUAUUGAACAGGGCUUCGACAGAUCAAAGUGUUUUGGAUUUAGAAAUGGCGAACAGAUUAGGUUGGUGUGCUUUCUCGAUAAUACAGCUUCUAGGAACUAUAGCAGUCAUGUCACAAGUUGCAUGGGAAGUAUUUCUCAUCUUUAUUCCUGUCACGGCUAUCUGCAUAUGGUACCAGCGAUAUUACAUACCAACUGCAAGAGAGCUUGCACGCCUAGCUGGCAUCCAAAGGGCUCCAAUCCUCCACCAUUUUGCAGAGUCACUCUCGGGUGCUGCAACUAUUCGAGCUUUCGAUCAGCAGGAAAGGUUCAGUGACUUCAACCUAUGCCUCAUUGACAAUCACUCGAGACCUUGGUUUCACAAUGUGUCGGCCAUGGAGUGGCUCUCGUUCAGGCUGAACCAACUGUCAAAUUUCGUGUUUGCCUUCUCGCUCGUCUUGCUCGUCACUCUCCCAGAAGGAAUCAUAAAUCCUAGCAUUGCCGGGCUGGCCGUGACCUACGGGAUUAAUCUGAACGUAUUACAAGCUUCAGUCAUAUGGAAUAUAUGCAAUGCGGAAAAUAAAAUGAUAUCGGUCGAACGCAUUCUUCAGUACUCGAACCUUGCAAGUGAAGCCCCACUCGUAGUCGAAGACAGCAGACCCCCACAAAACUGGCCCGAUUUUGGAAAUAUUCGUUUCAAUAAUUUGCAGAUACGAUACGCAGAGCAUUUACCGUCAGUCUUAAAGAACAUCACGUGCACAUUUCCCGGUAAGAAAAAAAUUGGUGUUGUCGGGAGGACGGGAAGUGGUAAAUCGACGCUCAUACAGGCGAUUUUCCGUAUCGUGGAGCCUCGGGAGGGCAGUAUCGUAAUUGACGAUGUUGAUAUUUGCAAGAUUGGCCUUCACGACCUGAGGUCGAGGCUCAGCAUCAUCCCACAGGACCCGACCAUGUUUGAGGGUACAGUCAGAGGAAAUCUCGACCCGCUCGAGCAACACUCGGAUAUCGAGAUUUGGGAGGCGCUCGAUAAAUGUCAAUUGGGAGAUAUCGUCCGUGGAAAAGCGGAUAAGCUUGAAUCCACAGUGGUUGAGAAUGGAGAGAAUUGGAGUGUCGGCCAGAGGCAGCUAUUUUGUCUCGGGAGGGCUUUACUUAAAAAGAGCACGAUUCUUGUGCUCGACGAGGCUACUGCAUCGGUUGACUCGGCAACUGAUGGAGUUAUUCAAAAGAUUAUAAAUCGGGAGUUUAAAGAUCGAACGGUAGUCACCAUAGCACACAGGAUACACACGGUUAUCGACAGUGACCUUGUCUUGGUGCUGAGUGAUGGAAGAAUAGCAGAGUAUGACACGCCGGCUAAGCUAUUGGAAAGAGAGAAUUCGUUCUUCUCCAAAUUAAUCAAGGAGUACUCAAUGAGGUCACAGAGUUUCAACAGCUUACAAAAGUUGCAAUACUGA